GGAGGCUUUUCCGUGAUGCACAUCGGCGUUCUGCGUUUCUUCCGUCAAGUCUUUUUCUUUGCAUGUGUUAAUGGUGUAGCUAAAGCUGUAUAAAUUACGUUGGAUAGCAGAAUGGCUGAGACUACGGAUAACCAGAAGACCUUCGAGGAGAUGUUUCCCCACAGGUUUUCAUCAGAGGACCGUGAAUACCAGGAGUAUGUCAGCCGUCCUGCCGACCCCCCACCCGUCGUGGAGAACUGGAGGAGCCGGGGAGGAGGCAACAGAGGCCGGGAUAACAGGUAUCAAGAUCGACGUGGAGGCCGAGGUUGGGGAGGAGACCGAGGUUGGAGAGGGGGCCAUCGUGGACAGCAACACUGGCAAGACAGAGACCGAAGUAGAGACCGAGACCGAGACAGGCACUGGGGCCAUGGAAGUGGGCACCAAUCAGGCUAUCACAGCUCCAACCAGGGAUACAACUCCCAUCACCAGAGACCACAUUAUGACCGCUACUGAACUGUGCUUUCUCAUGUGUUUUCAGUAUUUUUCUUAUUGGCAGGAUUAUAACUUGCAUUGCAAUACCAUAAGUGGUAACUGUUGAUGUUUUUUUUCUGUUACUUGGCUGCAUUGAAAGGUCUUAUCGUGAGACACAGGUUUGAUGUAUAUCGUAACAUAAAAACACACAAAAAUGUCUAUUGUGGGUUAACUAGUCCGUUUCCAGGAUUUUUCUGUUUUUUUUUUUUAUUGCUCAGUCCUGUAACAAUGUCAGAUUACCUCAUUGCGUUUUUAAGAGCACACUACAUUUUCAAUACUGGAACUCUCAUUUAAACUGGUAACAAAGUGAUAAAAUUAGGGGUUUUUUUUAAGUUCAGAUGGUGCUGCCGGGUGUUCUUUAAACAUGUUUUGAUAUCAGGUUAUUAAUAAUAAGUUAACAGUGAAUCUGAAUUUCUGGAGAAAAGCUAUUUGUAAUGUAGUUGUAUUUUUCUGUGUCACAUCAUAAUCUACAGAUACGUAUGAGCUGAGCAGUUAUCAAUAAACAUGUAUUUUCUUAA